AUGAUGUCCAGGAGAAAUGUCCUCAAAAUCCUCUGCAUUGGGCUGGCUCUGGUUAUUGCCACCAAUGUCCUCCUGGUAUUUUAUACCAGGAGGACAUUAGAAAAGUUGGUUUGGGGAAAUCUCCAAAAGCAGCUUCAUUUGCCUUCGUCUGAAAGGAACAAGACAGUGAUAAAGAGACUCUCUCAUGUGGAGGUGGAUUUGCGGCAUCUGAAAGAAAGUAUGAAAUUGGCUAUGAAGCAAGAAGAAAAUGUGGACAACACAGUGGUGAGGGUGAAAUACGAACAUCCUGUUCAAAAGGCAUUGAAAAUCAAAGCAAGUGAGACUAAGAAGCACAAACCCAAAGAGUUACUCUUCCCAGACUCACAGCUUUUCAGGCAGUGGGGUAAGGAUCUUUCUGAGGCCCAUCAGAAAAAGGCCAAGGACCUUUUCCAGAAGUUUGGUUACAACGUGUACCUCAGUAACCAGUUGCCUUUCAGUUGCACCAUCCCAGAUACCCGAGAUUCCAGGUGUCUUCAGAAAACAUAUCCUUCACAACUCCCAUCCCUUGGUGUCAUUCUCAUAUUCAUGAAUGAAGCUCUGUCCAUUAUACAAUGGGCCGUCACUAGUGUCAUCAACCGCACCCCUCAUUUGUUAAAGGAGAUCAUCUUGGUGGAUGAUUUUAGCUCAAAUGGAGAACUAAACGCAUACUUGGAUGAGAAGAUUAAACUUUACAACCAGAAGUAUCCAGGACUACUAAAAAUAAUACGGCGUACAAAGAGAAAAGGUCUUGCUCAAGCACGCAACACUGGCAGGAAAGUGGCCACAGCUGAUGUGAUUGCCAUCUUGGAUGCUCAUGUUGAAGUGAACGUUGGGUGGGCAGAGCCCAUUCUGUCUCGGAUUCAGGAAGACCCCACUGUAAUUGUGUCUCCUGUGUUUGACAAUAUUCAUUUUGACACCUUUGAACUGGAAAAGUAUGCAUUGGCAGUUGAUGGCUUUAACUGGGAACUAUGAUGCCACUAUGAUCCACUGCCAAAGGCCUGGUUUGAUCUUCAUGAUGCCACCGCUCCAGUGAAGAAUCCUUCCAUCAUGGGCAUCCUGGCUGCCAACAGGAUCUUUUUGGAAGAGAUCGGAUCUCUGGAUGGUGGGAUGCUGGUCUGUGGAGGAGAGAACGUGGAGCUUAGCUUGAGGGUGUGGCAAUGUGGAGGGAGAAUCGAGAUCUUACCCUGCUCCCGGAUUGCUCACCUAGAGAGACACCACAAGCCCUAUGCCUUGGAUCUGAGUCUUGCCUUGAAGUGUAAUGCUCUGCGAGUGGCUGAAAUCUGGGUGGAUGAGUACAAACACAUGGUCUAUUUGGCCUGGAACAUACCUCUCCAGAACUCUGGAAUCGAUUUUGGAGACAUUUCUUCCAGAAUGGCACCGGAAGAACUGAAAUGUAAAACUUUUGACUGGUAUCUGAAAAAUGUUUAUCCAAACCUGAAGCCAAUCCACAACAUUGUGGGCUACAGAAGAAUGAAAAACACGUUGGAUGAAAAUAUCUGCCUGGAUCAGGGACUUGUUUCAGGCAAAACCCCCAGCAUGUUUUAUUGUCACAAAUACAGUCUGCAGAAUGUCUACUAUCACCUAACUGGGGAGUUCUAUGUGGGACCACUGAUUGCGGAGGCACGUACUGAUGAUCACUGCCUGACAGACCCUGGCAAUGGGGAGAAGCCCAUUUGAGAGCCAUGUUCCAAGGCAGUCCAAAACAGACUGCACAUAUAUUGGGAUUUUAAACCGGAAAAAGCUGUCAUGAACAGAGCCACCAAGCGAUGUCUGGAGAUGAAGAAAGACACUUCCAGCAUCUAUGAGCCUGUGCUCCAGACCUGCACCACACAAGCGUGGACAAUACAGUAUACUGUGCAAAACUGGGGGUCAAACUGGCUUCCAGUGAUCCUCAGAGAGCCUGGAUUUGGGAUACCAGUCCUUGCCACUGGAAUGGCUUCUACUCCUAAUGCUGCUCAAAUAGGGAGAGGGUGAGAAUAGGAAAGUAUGUGUGUAUGUUUACUGUGACUUCGGCCUGCAACACACAGGCUAGGGGAGACGAAGUGUAUGCGUGUGUGAGGAUGUCCAGGCUGCAGACGGGUGAGGAAACUCCCCCAGCUUCCCUUGGAAAGUCAUGAUAUAUAUCAAAUGCCAUUAUUGGAAACUCCUUGAGAUAAGCACCAUUAUCUGGCUGCUGUGUGGGGACAGAACUAGGAGGGUGGAAGUCUAUCAUUGACUUCUGCCAACACUGUUUAGUCUUCAUGCCUGACAACUACUGUUGCCAUCUGCCCCACACAUCCUCCCCCAGCCCAUCUGCUCAGAGACUUCCCAGACAGCUUGGGGGCUGCUCCAUGGGAGAGGCUGGGUCAUCAUCGGGCUGACAGCAUGACAAUGAUUCAGGUGGCACCAGUUCUCUGAAGGUGUGUUGCCCCUGCUGUUCCCCUUUUCUGAACUGUCCUGAAAGAUGCAGCAAAUAGACAAGUAAUCUUUAAAAAUUCCUCUGUCAUCACUCCAGAGCAGUUUUAUUUGGAUUACCCAAUCUCUCCCAUACCAAAGAGAUUCUGGAGGCUGAGGGUAGGAGAGAAUGUGUCUCCACUAAUCCCAACUCUGCACAGUGCAUAGAGAAUGGUAGAAAAGUCCAAGUCCAUCUGAGUCUUUAAGUAGUUUCUAACACUUAAUAGACUUGAUUACCUCUUUCCUUCCAUUCUCCCUGAAAAUUAUGGAGAAAUUGAGGCUUGAAACAGAGGGGCAUCACUUAUUGGGACACAAAGAAAGAAUUGUAGGCACAGACUUAAAACCAAAGGCACUUACUGCUGUCUGUUGGAUAAAUCCUUUCCCCUAAUUGGUAAAUUGGGAAGAGAUGUCUAGGGAUGCCAAUUUUGGCAAGGUCCUGGUGGUUGGUGGGAGUGGGCACCAUGAUAGGAGAGGAGGUAGGAUGUUAUAUGUAUAUGUUGUUUUGUGGUCUCACCUUUCAAGGAUGUGCAAACUGGUCCCUUCCUUAAGAGCAUCACCUUUUCCUUUUAGUUUUAUGUCAGUGCUACUUGGGUAUGAUUCUGGGAAUAAUUAGGCUUCUUUUAGGCAUUAGGCAGACAAGACACUGAUAAUUUAGUACAGAAUUAAAUCAGCUAAUUUUUUUAAAGUAAGCUUUUAGAAGUGCAUAAGUCAUAAGUGUACAGCUUGAUAAAACUUUCACAGUGGCCGAAUCCAUAUCCAAGAACUAAAACAUUACCUUAGGUAGGAUAUUAUGAUGAAAAAAUUAAGGAACAGGAUAAAUGUUAAGCAAAUGUAUAACUUGUAGUUUCUUCAUAGCAAAUUGAAGGGAAAAUGCAAUUCAUAGCAAAACUUUUUUUUUUUAAAGCUUGUACCCAUUAGAAAGAUGGGUAAAAAAUGGGUAAUAUCCUUAAACAUACGAAAAGAUGUUUAAUCUCACUCAGAGAAAUGCAAAUUAAAAUGGUACCGAGAUAAUUUUUCACUUAAAUAGGUGAAAAUUAAAAAUUAUGACAGCACAUUCUGUUAGCAAGGUUGUGGGAAACAGAUAGUCUCAUAUUUUGAUGAUAGGGAUGCAAAUUGGUACAACCAUUUUGGAGGGAUAUUUGGCAGUAUUUAAAAAUACUGUAGGGGCACCUGUGUGGCCCAGUUGGUUAAGUGUCUGAGUCUUGAUUUUGGCUCAGGUCAUGAUCUCAGGGUCCUGAGAUCAAGCCUCAGGUCAGGCUCCACUCUCAACAGGGAAUCUGCUUGAGAUUCUCUUCCUCUCCUU